AACACGGCGUGACCUCCGGGGGACGGGGCGGGGAGCGGCCUGGCUGAGCUACGGCACCGCGGGGAGAGGGAAGAGGAGGCGCUGGGGCAAGGCGGAUGGCUGGGUGCUGCUCUCCUUCCUCCUGCAGGUUGGAUGGUGGUUUCCCUUCGUCUGGUCGAUCGUUGUGACGUUUUACUUUCUCUGCUGAAGCGUGUUAAAGGCGAGAUCUAGAAAUGAAGAAGGUUUUGCUCGUGGAGCCGGUUAUUUUUGUCUACAUAUUCGCAAAUUCCCUGACGAGCCCGGUGAUGCAGCAGUUCAUUUACCGAAAGCUGUGGGAAGAGGAGUAUAACUCCACCGCCAUAAGCAGCGACAAUAGCAGCCGCUGUGAGCAAAACAAGAGCAGCCCAACUUAUGUCAUGCAGAAGGGAAUUCAAGAGAAGACUUCUAUUUUUAAUAUGCAGCUGGACUUAACGGGGGCAGUUCCCAGCCUGAUAGUUGCCUUUAUCAUCGUAGCUAAUGGGGAUCACCAGGGACGGAAAAAGUCUUUGGUUUUACCGUCAGUUGGAGCUUUGAUUGCAGAUAUUUUCCUCUCUAUAAUAUCAUACUUCUCCUUGCCAACCUCUGUCCUGUUUUUGGUUACAUUUAUUUCGGGACUGUUUGGGAGUAUGGCAGCUUUCCUUGGAGGAGGCUUUGCUUAUAUAGCAGAUCAGUGUCAUGACGAGAAGCAGAAAACAACACGAAUAGCUGUGGUUGAUUUAAUUUUUGGGGUUGUGUCCGGAUUGGCAGGACUGUCCUCUGGCUACGUUUUAAGAGCAAUGGGCUUUACGUGGACAUUUGUGACAGCAUCUCUACUUCACACUAUUAACAUUAUCUAUAUUGUUUUUCUUCUGGAAGACACAGUGCACUUAUCUGAAUUGCAGCAACAGGCACCGUUAUCUUACAAAGAACGUCUAAAAGAAACGUUUUCUGGAGUGUAUGUGCUUUUUAAAACCGCCCCUUCUAAAAAGAGAAUUCUAAUCAUUGUGCUACUUUUUAUAUUUAUGACUUAUUUAUUUACUAUGUUUGGGGGGAGUUCCCUUUUUACACUGUAUGAACUGGAUGAGCCACUGUGCUGGAAUGAAGUGUACAUUGGGUACGGAUCAGCUGCAUUCACUUCUGUCUCGCUGACCAGUUUUUUGGGAGUUUACUUGUUUUCUAAAUGUCUCAAAGACAUUUACAUUGUAUUUAUUGGGAUAUUUUCUUUCAUUGGAGGAAUUAUCAUGGCUGCCUUUGCCAAAACAACCCUGCUCAUGUUUUUAGUAAGACUGCCAUCUUUGUUCUGCAUUAUGCCAAUUCCUGUUCUCCGAUCCAUGCUGUCAAAAGUGGUCCUCCCCAGUGAGCAGGGUGCCGUGUUUGCUUGUAUUGCCUGCUUAGAAGUUGUGACUGGCACUAUUUCACUUUCAGUCUUUAAUGUUAUCUAUGCAGCUACGGUUGCAUGGUUUUCAGGCUUUAGCUUCCUCUUGUCAGCCAGCCUGUGUCUAAUUCCACUGGGCGUACUGUGCUGGCUUCUGUGCACAAGCUGGAAUGAGGAGGACUUGGCUCUGCUUGUACCUGAAGAAGUAUCCAGCAUAGACAGCGUUGAUAGUUGAACAGAGGAGUCAUCAACUAUUUGGCUUUUCUAAUCUGACGUGCUGUGGCAAAGACCAUUGUGUCAUACUGACACCAUAGAGAUAACUCAAGAGUUGCAGAUGAAAUCACAAACUGGCCGUGCAGCAAUAAGCACUGAAUUGAUAGCACUCUACACCCUGUCUCUUUUUAGCACUUGAAUGAACCUAUAUCUUCUGUACUUAACUAUACAGAUAGACUAGCAAUGGAGAUUUUAAUGCUGUUUUCAGCAUGGGGAAAAAAGUAAGGUAGGCUCGUUGUCUUUUGCCACUUACCUCAUCUCAAAUUUGAAAGUAUGAGCUGUGGCUUAUGAUACAUCUUGUGUCAGUCUAAGUGCAGGGAGGACAGAGAUAAGCUUAUCAGCCCCUUAGCCAGAGGAUGCUGCCAAUGCUAUUGGAGCCAGUAGAGCUCGUGCCAGCUGUGCAUGCAGCCCACUUUGUACAUCAUAAAAGGUCCGUCUUAACUGUGAAGCCCACAGAACUAUCUAAAUUUACUAAAUGAAAAGGUACUUCUUUCAGAAAGCAAUUGAAUGGAAAGCAGUAGUUGUACCUGCUGUAAGACCUCUGCAGCUACCAGAGGAUGCUAGUACAAGUUGAAUGUAUGAUGCCUGUGACUUAGACCUUAAAGUGGAUUUUCAUACAGAGCUGUCAUACUUAGGAAACUUCCAACCUGUGGAGUGUGAAGUUAGGCCCAAAUUUUGCACAUUUAUCUUUAAAUUAUAAAUAUUUUACCGUUUUUUCGUAUCUGAGAGACUACACAAAGACACCUCUGUGUUUUGUCCCAUGGAUGUUUCUUGUUUUCCGGUUAAGCUGGUGGCACUGAACUUACUUUAUAUUUCCAAUGAAAGGCUGUAACAGAGGUUUAGUGGAUCUUCAAAUAUGUUUUCUAUUAAUUCUGAAAUGAGGUGGCCAAAUCCAAACUAUGCAUCUAAGCAUCUUACAAUGAAUGCAGCAUAAUUUACUUGCACUGGAAUAACAUUUCUAAUCUUCAAAGCACUUUAUAAAUGCUGCUGGGAACCUCCCUCUACAAUAGAAAUGAUCCUCCCUGUUUGAGAGAGACAGAAAUCAAUGGGAAGGAGAAGUGACUUGGCCUGGGCCACAGUGCAAAUCAUUGGGAGUUCUAAACCUAGAAAUCAGUUUUUGUGUUGAUUCUCCUGGCUUUGGGAUUUUUUUUGCUUGAGAUCUAUAGGCAAAAACUAUCCGAAGUAUUAGCUUUUGGAAUGCAUAGCAUAGCAAAAGUGGACACUCUGCCACAAAGUAUUGGUACAUCGUGGCAAUGCUAUUAUGGAUCCUUUUUGUUAGAUAGGCAGUGUUGGUUUCACAAUGUGAGUCUUGACCACUGAGAAGGGUCAAAUAAGGUAGAGUGGAGUUGGCACUGUCUGAGAGUUCAUAGAAUCACACAACCAAGGAAUGGUUUGAGUUGCAAGGGAGCUUACAGCCCACUCAGCCCCAGCCCCUGCCAUGCACAGGGAUGCCUCCCAGCAGCUCAGGGCACCCAGGACCCCAUCCAGCCUGGCCUUGAGUGCCUGCAGGGAUGGGGCACCCACAGGUCUCUGCGUAACUGUGCCAGUGCCUCACAAUUCUGAGAGAAAAGAUCACUGCUACCUGUCACUGGGGAAAACAGUUAUGUUUCUCCAAGAGAGCUAACUAACUAAUAUGGAUAGCUAUUUUGCUUCAGUCCUCAUGAACCAAGACUUAUCCCUGGCUGUGUUUAAGAGCCGUUUGGAUGUGGUGCUCAGGGAUAUGAUUUAGCAGAGGCUUGUUAGAGUUAGGGUACUGCUUAGGCUGCGGUUGUACUUGAUGAUCUUCAAGGUCUUUUCCAACCUGGGUAAUUCUAUGAUUCUAUGAUUAUGUUGUCAAUUAAAGGUCAUUAGCUUUUCCUAGCUAGUUUAUACACUAGCCAGUAAAUAAAACUGUGUCACUCCUCCCCCCUGAGGUGCCCAAAUUGCUGCCAACUUGUAAGAGAAGCAAGAUGAGUUUUACAGUAAUCACGGGGUGCAAAACUUAGCAAGUACUUGUAGAGACAUUAAGGAUACACUGAUGUAAUAAGUUUCAGCACAAAGACUACGUUGUUGUCAUCCUUUCCUCUUCACUAUGCAGUUUUCUAAGUAAGCAUUUGCAAAAUGAACUGUUUCACACAAAACUGCCUGGCAAUGGGAAAAAAACAGGGGUGUAUGCCUUCACUUCUUCAGUGCAGGUAGCACACUGCAGGUAGCAAAGCAGUUCUGCAGCUACGCCCUGCUGGGAAUGAGAAGGUGCACGUGGCACUUUAGGAAUGGCUUUGGUAAGGUUUGAUUUUGCCAUAUCAAGUAUUUGCUGUUUGCAAAAUCUUUCAGGUAGACACAGUGUGUGGGAUUGGCUGUUUCAGCCACAACACAUGAAGGGCAUGAUUUGUGUUUUUCAAGUGCCUACAAUUAAGAAUGUUGAGGAAACAAGGUACUAAUGUGCUUUAUAUGCGAGUUUGUAGCAGAUGAUUUGUUUCUAUGUAAAUACAGAUUAUUUUAACAGAAAUUAAUAGUGAAAUUUGGUCUAAA